AUGCCUCUAGGAAUUCUCCAGGACAACAAACUCGAACAUGUACCAGGAACCGCCCCCUUGAGCGAACUGGGUCGUGUUGAUUUAGAGGUUUCUACGGACAUUGAUCGCGGAUUGCUCAAGCAUGAUCCCACGGGGAAGAUUGUACUUGUACCGCAACCCUCUGAUUCACCCAACGAUCCGUAUAACUGGCCAAGAUGGCAGAAGGAAAUGGCAAUUCUCCCUCAUACCCCACAGAACUUGAUGGGACAAACCGUGGGCCCGCUACUGACACCGGCUUUUGUACCCUUGGCCGAGCAGUUCAACGUCCCGUUGCAGAGAUUCACACUUGGAUGCAAUGGAUCUUGCAUUGUUGCUAUCUCGGUGGGCAGUCUUGUUUGCAAUACUCUCGCAGUCAAAGUCGGAAAGCGACCGAUUUAUCUCGUGACCACGCUGGGUCUAGCAGUGUCGAGCUUUUGGGCUGCGGAAUCGAAGAGUUUUGUUUCGUUGGCUGCGGCGAGGGCUAUUCAGGGCUUCUGCAUGGCGCCGUUUGAAGCACUGAUACCAGCUUCUGUUGGAGAUAUCUGGCAUGUACAUGAACGAGGAUUUCGCAUGGCAAUUUUCAAUCUUGGCGUUCUAGGAGGAAUUAACCUAGCCAGCCCAAUUGCCGGAUCCAUCAUACAGUACGGAUCUUACCGAAUUGCCAUGCACGCAAUGGGUGGCGCUUUCGUGCUCAUGCUCCUACUCAUCAUUCUCUUCAUGCCGGAAUCAGCCUUCCACCGCCACAACGUCAUCAACAUCGACACGAGUGCCCGAACCCUGGAUACCGAUGCAAUGGAGAAGGAAAAAUCUGUGGAGCAUAUUGAAGACGGCCCAUCACGCUAUUCCACCUCAUCGGAACCUCGCGACCCAUAUAUCAAGACGCUCAUGCCCUGGUCCGGCUAUUGGGACCACGUAUCCUUCUGGCGAACCCUACUGCGCCCGUUUGUGGUGAUUGCAAGUCCCGUAGUCAUUUGGGCCACGCUACUAUUCACUAUUUGUAUCUCCUGGCUCGUCUUGAUCUCCAUCACGCUUUCGCAAAUCUUCUCCGCUCCGCCAUACAGUUUCUCUGUCAGUGCGGUUGGCGCAACGAAUGUUUCAUCGUUUGUAGCAUCACUGCUGGCCACUCUGGUAGCCGGGCCAAUUAUCGAUGGCGUAGCAAAGCUAAUGUCAAGACGUAACAAUGGUACUUUUGAACCUGAGUUCCGCCUCCCGGUCAUGAUAACUUACCUCAUUUUCACGGCUACCGGCUUCUUCGCAUGGGGUCAGUCGCUUCAUAACAGGGACCCUUGGCCGAUCCCCGUUAUUGUGUGUAUGGGCCUGAUCAACCUUGGCGUACAGCUUGGUACCACCGCUGUGGUAACUUACGUCUCGGACUGUCAUCGUGAGCAGAGUGCAGAAGCCUUUGCUAUCAUGAACUUUAUUAAGAACAUGUUCGCUUUUGGUUUGACAUUCUACGCAAACGACUGGAUUGCGGUGCAGGGAGUACGAGACACGUUCUUCAUUAUUGGUGGAACCACCAUCGCUGUGACGUUGGCGACGAUUCCAAUGUACAUCUACGGGAAGCGUGCGAGAAGUUGGGUCAAGAGAUACAACAUACUUGACAGCGUUUUGAAGGCUAGGUAG